AUGGCGGCGUUAUUUACUUGUACCUUAUUUCUGGUUACAAGUCUGCCUAAAGCGUCCCCUGUUCUGGUUGAACAGAAAAGCGCUGUUAGCCGUCAAUACAAAGAAUUCCUCUCUUAUGCCAAGUUCAUAAAGCAUUCAAACCAUUCCUUAAGAGCUGUCGAAAAAAUUGCUUCGUUUUUUGUCGAGAAACAGUCGGAGUGCCCUUUCAGCUGUGUCAAUGAACCGAGGUGUUAUUCAUGCAACACAGCCUCAUAUCCAGACUUAGCAGGCUCUUAUUUGUGUGAACUAUUGGCCACUGACAAAUACAGAGCUGAAACAAAGUUCCAACCCAAUUCGUCAUUUCAUCAUUACAGCCUUGGGGUAAGUGUAGUUGCAACUACUCGGUUCAGUUUUUUUUUUCCUGUAUUUGUAAAUUUUAACUACAAGAGAGCUCCUACGCCGGACUCAAACUAGCAGAGGUGAAUCAUAUUAGUUUAAUAACUGACUAUUCAGUUUUGGUACUGCCAACAAGCGUCCAGUCGGUUCUCUCUUUUAUAUUUACUUUUCCUGAUAAAUAAAAUAUCAACUUCAUUAUAAAACGGCAGAUUUUAGUCAAAGGCCUUGAUCUAGUUUCUAUUUUUGUGUUUUGGCAGUCGAAAGGACAUAGUGCGAUGCCCCCCGGAUGCCCCAAAGGCCCAUGUCUAGUUGUGGGUGAUUAACUAUGUUCGAUAGGCCUUAGGACCGAACUCAAUAAUUAAAAAAAAUUAAUUAUGGUAUAUGUUUUUUUUCUCCUAAAUUUUAAAUGUGCCAGCGUUUCAAAAUUCUGUUUAGGUUUUGUUUCUGCUUAUUAGGUCUCAUUUUAUUCAGGACCCUUGUCAAGAAGAACGUUGUGGAAACAAUGGUGACUGUAUUCCUGACUUUGAAAACUAUUUUUAUAGCUGUGAUUGUCAUCCGGGGUUUGCAGGGAAGCACUGCGAGCGAAGAGGUGCGUCAGUCACACCAGUUUGAACAUAUAGAUUGAAUAAUUAAUGCCGAUUCCUCGUCUAAAUCCAAAGCUUCCAGUUAAAUCUAACAACACUGUUGAAAUACAUACUGACAUAAUAAAUAGAUUGAGCACUGGAUAAAAGCGAAUCAAGCCUCCGUUUACAUACUUAAAAUAAGUACGGUUGACUACCCAUGGGCAAAUGGCUGUUGCCCACGGGGAGACAAAAUUUCGCGUGCGACUGUUUUUCUCUAGGAGAAAUUGCCAGAAAUAUCCAUGAAAACUUCCGAAGGAAGCUUUUUCGGCUCAAGUAAUCACGAGAAAGUGAAAUGUAUUUGAAAAGUAAGAGUAACAAUUCCAACUAAUAAUUUCAAACACUGGAUUCUGGAUUCUUUGUCAAUGGAACUUGGAUUCCGGAUUCCACGAGCAAAAUUUUUCCCGGAUUUCGGAAUCCAGAUUCCCUUACAUAGGACGAAUGUUUCCUGUGGUCUAGCUAUUAUCGUUAAGUUUUUAGAGACAGCUGUAUACGACUGGCCAUUGGCAGACUAACUGUAUAUGGUGAUUAUUGUUGGUUUGAUCGUUUGUUUGUUUGGUUGUUGUUGUUAUUGUUUUUUCACACUUUCUGUUCUAGGAGAAAACCUGCUCAUCAAUAUGCUCAGGACUUAACGCAAAGCUAAUUGUCCUAUUAUGUAUUUCUCUUUCCCAUUUAGGUAAAACCUGCAGCGAAAUAAAAUCUCGUAGCACUCAAGCCCCAAGUGGUUCUUACGUCAUUGAUCCCGACGGCGAUGGAGGAUACAGUUCCUUCAGCGUCUACUGUGACAUGAUAGACAACAAUGGAGUUGGUGUGACUAUACUUAGUCACGACAGUGAAGAUAGAACUCUGGUAGAUGGUUUCGAGGAAAAGGGAAGUUAUGUGCGAAAUGUUUAUUACAUCGGGGCAGGAGUGAGCAGUGUCGCGCAAAUGUCUGGCAUUCCGAUGGUCUCUGCAUAUUGCGAGCACUUUAUCAAAUACGAGUGUAAAGGCAGUCUGCUUUUCCGCUCAGCACCAGCAGGCUGGUGGGUAUCACGUGACAGCGUUCAGAUGUUGUAUUGGGGUGGAGCCUCUCCAGAUGAUUUCCAAAAGUGCGCAUGCGGGGCUGCAACCCCAAACACGUGUAGAUACCUCAUAUAGCUGCAACUGUGAUGCAAAUAUUGGCAGUUCCUGGCAUGAGGAUAGUGGGAAACUCACUGACAAAAAUCAUCUUCCUGUGAUACAAUUAAGGUUUGGGGAUACCGAAAGUGGUGAGGCUGGCUAUCAUACGCUUGGGAAACUAAGGUGUUAUGGAAUGGCGUAG